ACUUGUAGACCAGUGUGCAGGACAAGAUGAACAAGGUAGUUAUUGUGGAAAAUUACGUCGUCGGUAAAAAUAAUACCAUACGGUUGCGGCCGGUACCCACACCUUCAACAAGUAAUUAUUUAAAUUACCAAAACGAUACUACAGUCGAUGAAAGUGAAGUUGAUGCGAUGUAUAAUGAAGGUGCAAACUAUACACGUUAUUCCUGUAAUGCAUUACUUACGACUGUUUUAGAGAUCGAAUUAGAAGGUGGUGACACAAACAAUUUGGAUGCUGUGCAAGAUGCAGAAGCUAGUAAAGAAGGUGAAAAAUUUAGAUGGAGUCGCCAAAGCAUUCUGUUCUUCAUAGAUGAAUACGAAAAGUUAAUCGAAAAAUUUAGAAAUCCGAAGUAUAAAAAAAAAGAUCUGUGGAAUGAGAUCGCAGGGAAAAUGAAGAACAAAGGAUAUACAGUGUCAUCUGACGCACUUGAUAAAAAAAUGCGUAAUAUGCGUAGUACCUACAUAAAAAUUUUAGAUAAUAAUAAGACUAAGGUCGCUACAGGUAGAGGUAGGAUAGCAUGGGAAUAUUUCGAUCGCUUCGAGGAAGUAUUUGCCCGUGAUAAAAGUGUGAAACCUGUCAAUGUGGUGGCCUCUUCACAGCCGCCAAAGACACCAAUUGUUAUUACUGAAAAUGGAUCAUCACCACAAUCGACACCAACGCAUGCCUCAUCUGUACAAGCAUGUACGCCACAACUUUCAUCGAAGUGGAAACGAUUAGACGUUUUUCGUAAAAAACAAUUAGAAAUAGAAGCCAAGAAGGUAGAAGAGAUUAAAAACAUUAGAAUUCAAAUGGAGACCUUUAAUGAAAUUCAGAAGAAAAAAUUAGAUCUGUUCGAAAAAUAUUUAAAUUCACCUCCAAAUUCACAAACAUAACUUUUCUCAUGUUUUGUAAAAUGCUUAUGCUUACUUUG